CUUAAGUUCAUAUUAAGUUUUGCUCUUCUUCUUGCAUUUUCUGAUCGACGAUAUUUUUCUUCUUCUGGUUCCACGAUGGCUGUAUCUCAGGCUGCCAACAUUGCAGAGAAGGUCGUGGGGCAUUCGGACAAUGCCACCAUUGACACCGACAUAAGCAAUUACGCCAAGGGGGAGUCCGGACAAGAAACGGGGGAGAAGAUCAAGGCUACGGUAUGGCAGGGCAAGAACACCGUCGAGGUUGUUGAGAUGCCAAAGCCCAGAGUCAUUAAUGAAGGCGACGUCAUCGUCAAGAUCACCGGGAGUACAAUUUGUGGGAGUGACCUCCAUCUUUAUCAUGGUGUCAUUCCUCAGCUUGAGAAAGGGGAUGUACUCGGCCACGAAUUUUGCGGAGUGGUCGAGAGUGUAGGACCGGCAGCGAAGAAGGUCAAAGUUGGGGAUCGCGUGGUGGCAGCUUUCCCCAUUGCCUGCGGUGAUUGUAACAAUUGUCAAAAGCAGCUCACCUCGACCUGCGAAAGGACAAACGAAAACACCAUUGAGAAUGCCAUGUACGGUAAACGCACCUCAGGCAUGUUUGGAUAUAGCCAUUUCACUGGUGGAUUCGCCGGUGGUCAGGCCGAGUAUGUUCGCGUGCCCUACGGCGACGUGAACCUGCUGCAGCUCCCGGAUGAUGUUCCCGACGAAAAGGGUCUUUAUCUGUCGGACGUCCUGGCUACGUCCUAUCACUGUGUUGUCGACACCGGGGUUACGACCGGUGACAUCGUCGCUGUCUGGGGUGCAGGGCCGAUCGGGCAGAUGGUCGUGGAGUACAGUUUUGCUCAAGGAGCCAGUCGAGUUAUACUGAUCGACGGAGGAGAGGCAGCGUGGCGGUUGGAUUUCGUGCAAUCUAAGAAUCCGAAAGUCGAGACGCUCGAUUUCAGUCAACUGCCGCGAGGGGAGUCGAUCACCUCGCAGCUAAAGAAAAUGGUUCCCGGCGGUCCUGAUGUCGCCCUGGAUUGCGCCGCGGGCGAAUAUGCCAAAGGAUGGGCACACUACUUUGAGAUGAUGUUGGGAAUGGAGACAGACACGUCCGAGUUGUUGAACGAAAUGAUCACCAGCGUCCGCCCCUUCGGACGCGUUGGUAUUACGGGAAUCUACGCUGGAUACGUAAGUCAUCAUGCCCUUCCCUUCCGGAACUUCAGCUCGGGAUGUCUGACACAAGGGACUCCCCUUUAGACCAACCACUUCAAUAUCGGAGCCAUUAUGCAAACCGGCAUCCGGUUGAUCGGCAACGGCCAGGCGCCCGUGCACAAAUACUGGCACCAUCUGCUGGAACUUAUCCGACGCCAGGACAUCAAUCCGCUGGACAUGGUGACCCAUCGCGUGCGCCUGGAGGAUAUGCCCCAGCUGUAUGCUUUGUUCGAGAGACGAGAGCAGGGCCUACAGAAGGCUUUUGUCCAGACCAAGUUCUCGUUCCCUCCGUCUGCCGGGGCGCCGCGGUUGACGGAGCUGCAAGACGUCGUUUAGGGUUUGCACUCUGCAAUCGAUGCUCACAUUAUUGCUAAUGGCAAUACUAAUAUUUACGCCAGUGACGAAGUAGUGGAGUUUGUAUCUUUAUUGGGAAAAAUUGUCCGAGCGAACCGGUGUAUUUCUACUGUCUACGGAGUAUGAGUACAGAGUAGUGCAAGGUGUCUGUGUGUGUAGUGAAUUAAUUUGAACUAUCUCUGACAUGACGUCAAGUGGAAUACCUAAAGGGGCAGUGGGUUCACAAGAUGAAAAUUUCAAUGAUAACC